UAGCAUACCUCUUUAUAACAUAAAUUCUAACUCAUUUUGCGGAUCUAAUUAAGUUGACAAACUCACAAACAAAACCAACUUUGCCUGCAUUACAACCAUCAUAAUAAGAGGGCAAAGAACAAGCUAAAGAAUGGCUGAAGAUCCACAAGACGUAGCCGACCGCGAACGAGUCUUCAAGCGUUUUGAUUUAAAUGGUGAUGGGAAAAUUUCUUCAGCAGAACUUGGAGAGACCUUGAAGAUGUUAGGCUCUGUAACCUCUGAAGAAGUCCAGUACAUGAUGGCUGAACUUGACACUGAUGGGGAUGGCUUUAUUUCUUUUGAAGAAUUCGAAGAAUUUGCUCGUGCCAAUAGAGGUUUGAUCAAGGAUGUUGCUAAAAUAUUCUAGCUUUCUUGAUGCACGCUUUUACACAAAGCUUAUUUUGGGUGGGUU